AUGAGGGAUUUUCGGGUGGUCCGAGCGACCCUACCCAUCCGUGUUGAUCCAGAGCAUCCUGAGUUGAAGUUAUCCUCUCACGGGAGGAAGGUCCAUAGUUUAGGUAGGCCUGUCCCUGCCAUUGAGGGACUCGUUGCUGGGACAAGACUAAGUCCUCUGAUCGCAUGUUCGGUAGACACCGAUGAUCGGGGACUUUUGUCCCCGUUGGUGGAGCGAUGGCACCGGGAGACGUCUAGUUUCCAUCUCCCGGUGGGAGAGCUCACGAUCACGCUGGACGACAUCUCCUCGCUUCUUCAUCUGCCCGUGGUUGGCAACUUGCACGCCUUUCAACCCUUGCACGUGGACGAUGCGGUUCAGAUGCUGGUGGACUUAUUGAUGGUCUCUGCAGAGUCUGUCAGGGCUGAGAUAGCCCAGUGUCGUGGACCGUACGUACGCCUGCAAUGGGUAUGUGACAUAUACGAGCGCCGAUGCCAGGCAGUUGCAGACUCCACUGUUGAUCAGGAAUACGACGAGGAUUCCCCGCGUGCGUGUAGGUGGAUUGCGACGAAGAAGAUCAUGAAGAGCAUACGUACACCGGCGUACAGGGAGCGCCUGGACCGACUCCGGAUUCCGGAUGUCUGUUGGAUCCCGUAUGGGGAGCACCGAUCGGUCCGGGACUUCCAUGUCAUAUCAUGCUAUUCCGGUCUCUUGCGCUGGGGACCUGAUGCAGUUUAUUACCAUCCAGAGAGGCCCCGAGUCGUCCCUCAGGCCCCACAAACGGAUAUCCCUCACGUGCCGGAGCCAGGAGCAUCGUCGACAUCUGUGGAUGAGCCUAGACAUGCAGUGGAAGUUUGUGAUGACAUUGUUGAGAGGUUGGAGCACCAUCUGAGUUUAGGGGUGGUCACGCCAGGCUCAUCGACACAUAAGGUGAUCGAAGAAUGUCUCAGGAUGGCCAGGAGUGGGACACAGGACCAUCUAGUAUAUGUUAGGUCUAGACGCAGGCGGCGCACGGAUCAGGCAUAG